CCAGUCAGCCGCGGGUGGUGGCGGAGACUUCCCCUCAGGAGACCGCGUCUCCGCCUCCUCUUCUCACCCCGCCUGCUCGGCGGUGGAGGCAGCGGUGGCGGCAGCGGCUGUCCCUGCCUCUCCGCCACCUCCACCCCGACCUGUUCCCCGGCCGGCGGCGUUGGCGGGGAGGGGGAAUAGUAGUUGUAGACGCCCGCCCCUGCCUCAGAGAAGCUUGCUGGUUGUUACACAGUCUCACCAUGUGGGGAAAGUUCAUGCUACAAAACUGAAGCAAUUAUCGGAUGACUAUGAUCAGAUUUCUUCACCAAGUUCCCAGCCUGAGAAGGUACUUUAACAGAGCACAAACAAGAAGACAUUCUAGAAUGCUUUUUUCACCAAUCAGAAGUAACAGAAUGAAAUCCAAGCCCUAUGCAGAAGAGAAUCCCUUGUUGUCAACCUAAUGAAGCAUUCAAAGAAGACAUAUGACUCUUUUCAAGAUGAACUUGAAGAUUAUAUCAAAGUGCAGAAAGCCAGAGGCUUAGAGCCAAAGACUUGUUUCAGAAAGAUGAGAGACAACUGUUUGGAAACCUGUGGAUACAGAGAAGAGGUUGAUUACCAAUCAAGGUAUAGAAUGUUUGAUCAAAGACUCUCAUUUGAAACCAGGCAGACCUACCCAAGAUCAUGCCCUAGUUCACAAAAAGUGGAAAACCAGUUACCUCAGUGGCUACCAGCUCGUGACAGCAGGCUAAGACUAGACUCCCUGAGCUACUGUCAGUUCACCAGGGACUGUUUCUCAGAAAAACCAAGACCCCUGAACCUUAGUCAGCAAGAGUAUAACUGUGGCUCAUACAGUCUAGAAGCUGGAGUUCACAAGCGCCUCUCCUCAGAAAACAGUGCCAGUGGCCAUCCAGCCAGUCAUCAACAGCUACAUCAGAAGGGGAAGAGACACCUGGAAGGCAGAGAAGAACCGGAGGAGGAACAGCCCAAGCAUAAGAGAAAAAAAAGUUGUGAAGAAACAGAUUUAGGUAAACACAGCUUCCAACGAAAUAAAACACAGAUGGAAACGGUCAGGGUCAGUACAGAAAAGCUUAAGAAUCGAAAGGAAAAGAAAAGCCGAGAUGGAGCCUCCAAAAAAGAGGAGCGUAAGCGUAGAAAAGAGAAAAAGGAACAAGGUAAAGAGAGGACAGAGGAGGAAAUGCUUUGGGACCAAUCUAUCCUUGGAUUUUGAAGCUCGUGAGUUGGUUCUCCCGAGGUUAAAUUGAAAAAAUAGUUGAGGGGCUUGGUUUUCUGAGGUUCAUGUUCAGAUCGGUUUUUUGGAUGAAAACAGGUACUUUAACUUCUAACAACAGGCCAAGUGAACAGAAAGUAUUUAAUAUGCUUGCUCUCCAACAUGGAAAUUGCUUUUUCUCGUUUUCUAAAAGCAUCCUUAACAUUUUUCUUAUAUAAUGUAAUUUCCCUUAAUGAGAGUGGCUCUGCUUUUACUCAUCAAAUUGCUAUGAUAGAAGUAUUUUUCCCUUGGGGGGGUCAUUUGUUUUAAAUUGGAGUAUUAAUAGGCUUUGCAGAAUCUAUUUCUUGAUUGGGUUUGUUUUAGUGUUGGGUAGGGUAUUUUUAUAUUCAUUAGUUUAUGACACAGUUUAGACUAAUUUUUUUCCUUUUUAGAUUUAACUUGCAGCGUAUUUUCUAUAUUGGAAAGUGGGAAAUGAAAUACAUUAUAAUAAUAAUGAGCUAAGGUUACAUAAAGUUUUAAAAGUUUCAAAGAGUCUUGAUACAAAAUCAGUUUAUAUUCUGGAAAUAUAAUAAAGUGUUCUAAUUUCUGCA